AGCUUCUUUGCGGGAAAAUUAGGAUCGCCGCCUGUGCACAUACGGUGGCCAAUUUCCUAGGAAUUCGCGCACGUGUAGCUUUGCUUGCAAUCGACAAAGCCCAGGCGCUCGAUGGCUUUUCCCUCACACCUACUGUAAACUAGCGAUCAAGUAGCUGUAGACUGGGCGGCCAGGUCAGAAUGGCGAAAGAGGAGGUCCAGGACCGGUAUGGUGUCGUCUACUUUAUUUUUGUUUUGCUGGGAACUGGAACACUCCUCCCGUGGAAUGUAUUCCUUACGGAGAAGGAGUUUUACGAUGUGCGUCUGCAUGUCCAGCCAUAUAACGGAUACAUCACAGAGAACUUCAUGAGCCUUUUUUGUCUCGUAUUCAAUACGGCGAACUUGGUCGCUCUGGCUUUUCUUGUAAAAUUUCAAAAGCACCUAUCCCUCCGUGUACUUGUUCUCCAGCCACUGGUGAUCACUUUCAUUAUGCUUUUAUCGACCGCCGCUCUGGCUCUGCGCACUGACAUCCCCGGUGACUUGAUGGCCAAGUUUACCUUGCCUUCGUUGGCUCUUAUGGGACUGUGCAUGGCCUUCUUGCAAGGCGGCACGAUGCAGCUGGCGAGCAUCUUCUCGAUUACUCACAUUCGGGGUGUCGUGUCCGGCAUUGCGGUGGGCGGCCUGGUGACCAGCGUGCUAUCCUUUGUGAGUCAGCUUCGAGCGCAGGGAGGCAGUGGCGGCAGCGAUGAACCGCAGACGGCACUGGACGUGGCCCCCGCGGCCUUUAUGUACUUCUCCGCCUCAGCCGCCGUCAUUGGGGCCUGCAUCGCCGGCUACUGGGCCAUUCCGUUGUUGCCAUACGGGCGCUACAAACUGCUGCUGGCGGGCAUUAUUGACGACCCCAAGGAACGCAAAAUGUUGACGGUGGAUGAGGACUACGAGGAGCCGCUGCUUACCGUGGUGGAGAGUCCCGACAGCGGCCCCAGCACCAGCACCGGCACCCGCACCGAAACCACGCGCGCCGCCAUUGUCAGCAUCGAGUCGGACUACACAAUCUACAGCCGCACCUGGCAGCAGCGCAACGCAUUUCAUAUUUACUGCGCGGCGCUGUUUCUCUGCCUCUGUGUUACCAUGAGCACCCACCCCGGCAUCUCCUCCUUCAUCUGCUCUGUGGACAAUCCCGCUAAGGUGUCGCCGUGCGCUUCGAGGAAUGACAAGCCCGGCAUUUUGGGGCGCAUUGAGGGCGACCUCUUUGUGCCGGUGCUCUUUGUUCUAUUUAGCUUGGGCGACUUUCUGGGUCGCUUCCUGAGCGGCUACGGUCCCUGGGCCCACGGCGCUCCGAAGCCGCUCUCCAUUUUAGCCUAUGCGGUAUUGCGCUGCGCGGUGGCUGGAGCGGUGUUGUUUUGUCAUCUGGUUACCCCCACCCCCUGGCUGCUGGAUGAGUACCUGUCCCAGGACUACUGGCCCUGGGCUGUGAUCCUACUGCUUGGCUGCACACAGGGCCACCUGAUCAGCACCAUUUGUAUGCACGCGCCGUCCACGCUGAUGCCGACCGAACAGUCCAAGUACGGCCCGGUGACGUCAUUCGCGAUCUCGGCGGGCUGCUUUGUGGGCUCAUUUGUGUCGAUGGGCCUGUCGUCUGCGUUCCAAUCCCAUUGA